AGCACCAAAUACAUAAAAAAAAACCCGAAAAGUGAACCCAAGAAAACACAGACAAAUCGAAAGCCAUAACCAGCAAAUUCAUCGAUAGGUUUUCCCAAAAUUUACCAGUAGUGCAGUGCUGCUAAAAGAUCCCGACAAAACAAUGCAGAGAUGGUGUUCCAAGUUUCGAGCUUUCCCUCUCCUCCCAACUUCAACUACAACUUCAUCUUCUUUCCCUUCUUUUCAUCGCUUCUAUCACUCUACCUCUAAUUUUCAGCGUCCUAUUUCACCAUUUUCAUCAAUUUCUUCCCAAUUAAUCUCCCAUUUCAAUGCUCCCUCUUUUCUCCCCAUUCCUAGAAAUGGGGCAUCAGUCUCCUUAUUCGCUGCUUCUUAUGCGCAAGUAAGGAACUUUUCGGCUAAAUCGAAGGAGAAGAAAUGGAAGAAGCUUACACCAGCUGUUUCGAGGGUCAAGAAGAUCAAAAUCAAGGGCUAUUCGUCUUACAAGGGAAGGUUCAGGACUUUGAGUGACGGGACAAUUAGACGAUGGAGGGAAGGCAAGCGGCAUAAUGCACAUCUGAAGUCAAAGAAAUCCAAGAGAAGGCUCAGAAAACCUGAGAUCGUGCCCUUGGCUUAUGCGAAAGUGAUGAAAAAGCUCAACUUCUGUUCAAAUUUCUGAAACAAACAGGAGAAAAGAUGGUGAUGAUUGUACGUUGAUUCUGCAGUGAAUACCUGAUAAAAUUGUUCCCCAGUGCCUUCUUUUUUGUAGCUUCCUUCUGCUUCAAUAUUGGAUUUAAUGCAUUUCUUCUAAAUCCAAGAACUAGUUAGCUACUCUUGUCCCUUGAAACAUCAUUUACCCUUGUUGCUAUCAAUUUAUGUAAGGACUAGAUAUGUUUAGUUAAGCCUACAUAGAAAUCUUGUUUUCUUUAAGUUGCUGAUUACAGCUCCCAAUAAGACCACCACCUUUCUUUGGAGAAAGUGUUAAUUUUUUUUUCAAGAUUUGAACCUUGGUCCCAGGUGGGAGAUAGGAAGUCAUACAAUUGGACCCAAGGGCUUGUUGGGCAUUUGGGUAAGUGGCCCUAUGCGAGGGCAGUCCAGAGGAAAUUCAUCUUACCACAGGUUUCCGAAAGGGGGCCAAAUUUUUUUUUCUCAAAGCUCUGUUUCUUUACUAAUUUUUUUUUUGUUUUUGUUUCUGUUUUUGUGGCCUCCUCCCAGUUGGCUUCUUUCUAUGGGAGUAUUAUUGUUCUGAAAAAUGUUGGUUAACCUAAUUGGUAAUCUUUAUACUGCCUUGUUUUUCA